AUGGGUCGACGCCCGAAAGUGCUUCUCAUUGCCUCUCCAGUAAGAGAAGUGAUCGAAUCUAAAUGGACAAACGUUACACAGCUUUUCGACAUCGUGACAUACGACUGCAAAAGCACCGAAGAAUUCAAAUUACGUCUCCAGCCAGACGGCGAAUACUCCUCAAUCGAUGCAAUUGUGCGUACUGGCUGGCGCAACGCAGGCCCGUUCGUGGAUCACAUCAUAUUCUGCGCCGACUUUGUUCAGUAUUAUCCAAAGUCACUACGUAUCAUCUGCUGCACGGGUCAUGGCCACGAUCUCGUGAACCUGAAUGCCCUCACCACGGCGGGUAUUUGGUAUUGCAAUACUCCGGAUUGUGCAACCGAAGCUGUCGCCAAUACAGGGUUGUAUUUGAUUCUGGCAGCGUAUCGAUACUUCAGCUUUGCGGAAGACUGUGCACGGCGAGGACCGUGGAUGCGAAGCCGGGAGCUUGGUACGAUUGCCAUUGAUCCGUACGGUCAGAUCCUCGGUAUCGUGGGGCUAGGCGAUAUUGGGUUAGCAGUUGCCAGAAAAGCUUCAUUGGGCCUGGGAAUGAAAAUACACUACUUCAACCCGAGACGAAAACUUGAGGCCGAAGCUGCGCUUCAUGAAGGCGCUACUUAUCAUUCAUCUCUCGAGUCACUACUGGCUGUCGCUGAUUGCAUCUGCCUCUCUUGCCCAUAUACACCCGAGACUCACCAUAUGUUCUCUACGACGCAAUUUGCCUUGGCCAAAAAAUCUGGAUUGCGUCUCGUGAACGUGGCCAGGGGUAAAAUUGUUCAUGAGAAAGCCUUGAUUGAGGCACUUGGCUCUAGUCAGGUUAUUGCGUGGGCAAGUGAUGUUCAUGAGAAUGAGCCGGAAAUCACUCCUCGACUCAAGAGUAAUUACAUGACCACAUUAUUGCCGCAUAUUGGUGUGUGUUCAAAAUCAACUUGGAGAAACUUUGAAGAAAAGUGUCUUAAUAGUCUUGAAGGAUUCUUUUAUGGAACCACAGCGGGUCAAAAACCUAUGGGGGCUUUGAAUUCGGUUGAUUACAGAGCUAGAGAGUAA